UUCCUACACUGAUCCGUUGUCAGCGUCUCUGCACAGCACAGGACGCCCCGUCCGGCCUCAGCUUCAUCUGCCCGGGCUUAGUAAACAACAGCGGACCCUGCACACACGGUACCCGGGUGGAUGAGAGACAGUCCAGAGGGUCGCUCGGCACCCACUACACCUUUGCAAGGCGCGUUGGCCCCCGCAGGACAGAAGCGGUAAAAGUCACAGGCAGAUAUGGCUUUGAAGAUUGUCAAAGGGAGCAUCGAUCGGAUGUUCGAUAAAAAUCUUCAGGAUUUAGUACGUGGCAUUAGGAAUCACAAGGAAGAAGAGGCCAAGUACAUCUCCACAUGCAUCGAUGAAAUCAAACAGGAGCUCAAGCAGGACAACAUCGCUGUCAAAGCCAAUGCCGUGUGCAAGCUCACCUACCUUCAGAUGCUGGGCUAUGAUGUCAGCUGGGCCGCUUUCAACAUCGUUGAAGUCAUGAGCUCCUCCAAGUUCACAUACAAGAGGAUUGGCUACCUGGCGGCCUCGCAGUGCUUUCACGAGAGCACUGAUGUCAUCAUGCUGACAACUAAUCAGAUCCGAAAGGAUCUCAGCAGUCCCAACCAGUAUGACACAGGCGUCGCCCUCACCGGCCUCUCUUGUUUUGUGACCCCUGACCUGGCUCGGGACCUGGCCAAUGACAUCAUGACCCUGAUGUCCCACACUAAACCCUACAUCAGAAAGAAAGCAGUGUUGAUCAUGUACAAGGUGUUUCUGAAGUACCCGGAGUCUCUGCGACCUGCUUUCCCCCGGCUCAAGGAGAAACUGGAGGACCCAGACCCAGGUGUCCAGUCUGCAGCAGUAAAUGUUAUCUGUGAGCUGGCUCGGAGAAAUCCCAAGAACUACCUGUCUCUGGCCCCGCUCUUCUUCAAACUCAUGACCUCCUCUACGAACAACUGGGUUCUCAUUAAGAUCAUCAAGCUGUUCGGUGCGCUCACACCACUGGAGCCGCGGUUGGGGAAGAAGCUGAUAGAACCUCUGACCAACUUAAUCCACAGUACCUCUGCCAUGUCUCUGCUGUAUGAAUGUGUCAACACUGUGAUUGCAGUGUUGAUUUCCUUGUCCUCUGGGAUGCCUAACCACAGUGCUAGUAUCCAGCUCUGUGUGCAGAAACUGCGAAUCCUGAUCGAAGACUCGGACCAGAACUUGAAGUACCUGGGCCUGCUGGCCAUGUCAAAGAUCCUGAAGACUCACCCCAAGUCAGUGCAGUCUCAUAAGGACCUCAUCCUCCAGUGUCUGGAUGACAAGGACGAGUCCAUCCGGCUGAGAGCUCUGGACCUGCUCUAUGGCAUGGUGUCCAAAAAGAACUUGAUGGAGAUCGUAAAGAAGCUGAUGCUGCAUGUGGACAAAGCGGAAGGAACCACCUACAGAGAUGAGCUGCUCACCAAGAUCAUCGACAUCUGCAGCCAGAGCAACUACCAGUACAUCACCAACUUUGAAUGGUACAUCAGUAUCCUGGUGGAGCUGACGCGGUUAGAGGGCACACGGCACGGCCACCUCAUCGCCUCUCAGAUGCUGGACGUGGCUAUUCGGGUCAAAGCCAUCCGGGUCUUUGCUGUUGCCCAGAUGGCCACUCUGCUGGACAACGCCCACCUGUUGACGGGCAACGUGCAGCGAAAGGGCAUCUGUGAAGUGUUGUAUGCCGCAGCCUGGAUCUGCGGUGAAUUCUCCGAACACCUGGAGAACCCAAUGCAGACGUUAGAGGCCAUGCUGCGGCCCAAGGUGGCCACCCUACCGGGCCACAUCCAGGCAGUGUAUGUGCAGAACGCAGCCAAGCUGUUUGCCACCGUGCUGAAGAACCAGGAGGGGAACACGGACGGCACCGCAGCGCAGGAAACCAGCACGCUGAUGAUAGAAAGGCUGCCGCUGUUUGUCCAGAGCGCCAACCUGGAGGUGCAGGAGAGGGCGUCUUGCAUCCUGCAGCUGGUCAAGUACAUCCAGAAACUGCAGCAGAAGGACGUAGAAAUAACGGAGGAAGUCAUCGCUCUGUUCGCCGGAGAACUCAACCCUGUCGCCCCCAAGGCACAGAAGAAAGUGCCUGUUCCUGAAGGUCUGGACUUGGAUGCCUGGAUCAAUGAGCCUCCAUCCGAGAGCGAGUCUGAGGACGAGCAGCCCAAGGCUAUUUUCUCCAAGGAGGAGACCAAAUACUCCCGCCCCCGUCACACAGAGGUGGACGAGAAGGAGCUGGCAAAGAGGAGAGAAGUCAGAAAGCAGGAGCAAGCCAACAACCCGUUCUACAUCAAGUCCUCCCCAUCCUCUCAGAAGGUGUACCAGGAGGCCCCUGGAGUGGAGCACAUCCCAGUCGUACAGAUUGACCUCACUGUGCCUCUCAAAGUCCCAGGUCUGCCUAUGUCUGACCAGUACGUGAAACUGGAGGAGGAGCGUCGGCAGAAAGACAGAGCAGAGAAGAAGAAGAAGGAGAAGAAGAAGAGGAAAGAAAAGCGCAGCGGACGAGGAAGGAAACAUGAUUCAUGCCCGGAGAGCGAGGAGGACAUAACGCCUGCACACAUGGUCGACAUUGUUACCGAGGAGAUGCCAGAGAAUGCCUUACCCAGUGACGAUGAUGACAAAGAUCCCAAUGACCCUCAUAAAGCCCUGGACAUCGACCUGGACAACUUGAUGGAGAUGGCUGCACGCAGGCCUCUUGCAGACAGUGAGAAGCUGCCAGUCAGGUCACACCGUGCAGCAGAGACUCUCAAAAGCCCAGCUGAUGAUGGAGACGCGGAGAGUGCCGUUACACAGGAGCCCAAGAAGAAGAGCAGCAAAGAAAAGAGAGAGAAGAAGAAGGAUAAAGACAAGGACAGGAAGAAGAGCAAAGAAGAGAAGAAGAAGAAGAAGCACAAACAUGAAGAAAAGGGGGAGGAUCUUCUCGGGGGUCAGGAAGACGAGCCUGUGGUCCAAUCGGAAGAAACCAGUGAGGUGGCGGCACCGCCCACCUCCACCACUGCUGAGGUUUCGGAUCUGGAUUUCUGGCUCUCAAACGCUCCAGUGCCCUCUAACACCCAGGAAGCAGUAACAGUAGCAGCAGCAGCAGAAGCAGCCCCCGUGCCUGAGGCGGCCUCUGGCACAGCGCCAGACUCCGAGCCUGAUGAGCCCAAAGACACCGAGACGGAGGAGACUAAAUCCUCCAAACACAAGAAGAAGAAGCAGAAAAAGGAGAAGGAAGAGAAGGAGAAGAAAAAGAAGAAGAAGCAUCAUCACCAUCAUCGCCACAGUGACGCAGGUGGAGAGGAGUCGGUGCAGAACGGCACAGUGGAGGAGGAAGAGCCUCUGCCGCCCAUGUCCAAUUACUGCCUGCUGGCGGAGAACUCCUACAUCAAGAUGAUGAUGGAGGAUGCUGACCAGGUGAGCGACAUCCAGGGAAACCUGCAGGACGGCAGUCAGGUGGUGGUGUCUGCUAUAUUUGAAAACAAGUGUGAGAGCUUCCUCAAAUCCAUGGAGUUCAACGUCCUGGACUCUCUCAACUCCAAGCUGCAGAGGCCAGAGGGGUCGGGUCCACACGAUGGCCUCACCGUCCCCUUCCAGCUUCCACCUGGGGUGUCCAACGAGGCGCGGUUUGUCUUCACCAUGCAGAGCAUCGUAAUGCCACAGAAACUGAAGGGAACCCUCACCUUCAUAGUAAAGAAUGAGGACUCCUCCACUCACGAGAAACUGGACUUCAAACUGCACUUUACCUGCACCUCCUACCUAAUCACUACUCCUUGUUACAGUGAUGCGUUUGCAAAGCUGCUUGAGUCGGGCGACCUGAAGUGCAGCUCUGUGAAACUGGAGGGAGUCAACAUGCCCUUCCACCACCUACUGGCCAGGAUCUGCUUCCACCACCAUUUCUCUGUUGUGGAGAGGAUCGACUCCUGUGCCUCCAUGUACAGCAGGUCUAUCCAGGGCCACCACGUCUGUCUGCUGGUCAAAACUUCUGCUCAGACCGUGUCCAUUGACGCUAAAUGUGACGAGCCGACGCUGCUUGGGAAUGUGCUGGAUGAGAUCAAGCAGACCUUCUCUCAGUGCUGAUUGUGUCCGACAGCCCCAGGGUGCCCCCCGACCCCUCCAUGCCACCCCCUCCCUCGCUGCAACACAACAUAAUCAUGUUACGAAACACUGCGGCUGGCACUUCCAGUAUCGCCCUAUUUAUUAGUCCUCAGAUUCGCAAGAUCUUCUUCUUCUUCUUCUUCUUCUUCUUCUUCUUCUUCUUCUUCUUCCUCACUCUUCUUCUUCCCUCACUCUUCUGAGCUCUGUGGUCACUCCCUGACACUUGAUGUUGUUUUACAGACUCACUACAUGCGCCGUCUUCUCUGCAACGCACUUUCAUCUUUACUUCCUGGUUUCUGAACUCUGUUCUCCCCUGACUCUGUACUGAGCUCCAUUUUUCUGGAUGCCUCUGCUCUUUCCUGUGUACCUCUCUUCCACCCUCCACUCUGUCUGCAAUCCACUCUGUGACAGUCAUGUAAUGUAAUGUUGACAACUGGACUUUUGCUGUUGAUGGUUGAAUUGUGAUUUUACUGUUUUGAAGGUUUUUUUUGUCUUUGGUUUGUUUGUUGUUUUGUCUCUUUUUUUUCUUUCUUUUUUGUCUGAAACCUGUCUGCGCCUUUUAUCUCUUUCUGUCCACUAAACAUCGUGUGUGCUGCUCUCUCAGUCUGGUCCUAGCAGGAAAGAAUGGGGACUCUAACCUUCUCACAGUUAGCAAGUGCAGUGAUGGUUGAUGAAACCACAGCUACAUAUAAGGCAUGGGUUUUAAACUUCUUUCAGAGCCGUUGCCCUACUUGCCUUUUGGCAAGGCUCAGAGCAGAUCUGCUAGUGUUAGUUCAACACAAUCCUUGCGUGGCACUACGAGCGAUUAGUACAGUAGAUCAGUGGUUUUGCUCUGUGCCUUAGCUGUGGAGUCUGACCUACUGCAGCGCUUCAUGAGUCUCACAGAGCCCCGCCUCCCUCUCCCAGUUUAUCUGCUCCCUCAUCAACUGUGCUAAGCUGCAGUUUGACCCCCUAAGAACUUCCAACAUAUCAUUCCUUUCACAAAUCAAAGAUUAAUUUGAAGGCAGGAGAGUAUAAAAAUGAUUGAAUGAAACUCCAGAGUACAAGUGUGCAGUGUAAUGUGAGACUUUCACCACAGGACGCUACCAACUUUAUCAGCCUGCUCUUCAACUCGCAUAUGGAUUUGGUUAGUUGUAUAGAAGAUGUUAUAUUACUGUAAUACUCAGAAGGAUACUGUUAUUUCUAUGAAACCGAUCUGGUGCUGAGGGCCCUCAUUUGUGUCACCACGUGGUCAAGUUAGGGACAGAAUAAUCAGGCAUAAAGUGAGCUGUCACAUCACUGUCCUGUCUACAUUGUUUUGGACAAGUCAAAUAUGACUGGCUAAGGGAAGACAAAGUUACACUUUCAACCUGUCAUGUCAGGUUGAAAGUUGUUUUCUCUGUAAGCAGAGACUGUUCUGUGGUCAGUGGUUUCAGCUUCCCUUCCAAGAAAUAUCUGGCGACAUGGCUUCCACGGUAAGGAAGCCUCCACCCUGUCAACAGCAGAGUGCAGUUCUGUCCUGUCUCCAUAUGACAUCAUGUGAGAUAUUUACGCCUGUACCACUUUGACGUUCUUAUCACAGUAACUUGUCUGACAUCCAGAUAAACCCCCAGUGUUUCUUUACCCGUCAGAAACUGCCUUGCCACUUCUUUUGUGCAUUGACAUAUUAUGAAGAACAUGAAUGGGUCAUUCUUUUGUAAUGUAUAAAUGGCCGCCUCUUGUUACUCUCUGAGGUACAUGAUGUUUUAGUUUGUCAUUCAUGUCUGAAGUCACUACCCGGUCCAGCACGACUUAACCUUGUAGUAGCAAGAUAAAAACUGACUUGGUAGCAUCUCUGAUCAUAUAUACUGGUAAGGCCCUCUUCAUAUCUGUCUGCUAUUGUAGAUAACUAUGAUAAUGAUGUCUGUGACCUGAAGGUCGGGUCAGCCAUUCCACAAGAUGUUCUGUCUGAAUACAGAAGUGAUCCGCUGCAUUUCAGGAAUGUCUAUAGAAACAAAAAGUAUGUAUGUAUUCCCUGUUCCUGAAAAUAACUGGUAAAAGAGAAACAAAACAAAAAACUGCCCUAAUCAUACAUUGUCCUGAUUCUGAUCAUUUUUAUGUGCAUAUUUGAUUAAAAUUUGUAUAUUGCAUGAUUAGCAAUGUAUACUUUUUAUUUCUGUUCCAUCAACAUGCUUACACAAAGAAAAACUUGUCAUUCCAUGGUUGUCCUUUUGUCUUUAUAGUUUUUUUUAAAGAAGUUUACUUGAGCAUUCUACAUUUUUGAUGACAUUGUGUUUUUAUGUAUUCUAAAUUCAGACAAUUUAAAAAGGAAAAAAAAUGAUAUUGUUGAAUGUUUUUAAAUUAUUACACACAGGGAAGGAAGGGGGUUAUAUUUGGUGUAAUGACAUUGAGGGCAUGGGGCUCCGAAUAUAAGGUUGAGUAGAACCGGUCACGUGAAGCAGUGUACUGAGAGACAACCCGCAGUCUUAAUUCUCUAUUGGUUCAGUUUUGGUGAGAUAUUUGACCAAGUUUGGCUUGUGACAUUGAAAUAUACUCUUGUAUGACUCUGACUUUGGAAGGUCCUGUCUUUUUAUUUCUCCAUAUUCCAUUAUCAAGCUGUACAAUGUAAAAUGUUUUAAAGGGGACAACAUAAAGUAUCUACAUUCCCUUUAAAGAAAGUCCACCCAAAUUAAAAAAAAUAAAGGCCAUAAGAAGC